AUGGAUGGCGUAGGGGCACCACCAGAUCAAGCUUCGGAAUCAUUCUUCACCCCACUUGUGAUCUCCAUGGCAGGCAUAGUUUCUGCUUCUCUAGCCAUAAUUUCAUUCCAUCAAUUCAUUGUUAGAUAUUGCUUGAGACGGCUAUUAAGGUCAUCCACCGAUAUUAUUUCUGCCUCGGAACCACUUCCAAAUCUUCAUUUUCCCACCGGGGUCGAAGAGAAAAUCCUCGUUACAAUCCCAAUCCUCUCUUACUCGACAACGAAUGACACGAAAAACGCCUUUCGUGUCGAUCAAACCGAGUGCGUAAUUUGCCUGGGGGAGUUGGAAGAUGGAGAAAUGGUACGUUUGUUGCCUGAUUGUAGGCAUGCAUUUCAUGUAGCGUGCGUCGAUAAUUGGUUUUUGGGACACAGUAGCUGCCCCAUUUGCCGGUCGGCUCUUGUUGAACCAAGGACUAAUUUAGAUGUCGCGAUGCCUGUAACUCAUGAAAUCACAUAUGAAGAAGGUGUUCAUGAUUCAAAUCAGAUUAAUGGACAGAAUGGUGGUAGCUUAACUAGUAGUAGCGCUAGCGAUGGAAGUGCGUCUACUAAUUCAUCAAUUGUGGAACGUCCGAAUGCUUUUCUGAGACAUAGUGUGUCAUUAGUGUUGCCAUUUGAAGGGAAACCGCCAUGUUUGGCUCUAGCCUUGAAGAGAUCCUUAUCCAUGGAUCAGUAUUUUGUUCUUAUUAAUACACAAAGUGAGAUUAGAAAAGAAGAAUCAUCAUCGUCUUCGUCAUCAAGAAAUUUUUUAAUGAAGAGUAGAUCGUAUAGGGCACGAUAUUUGUCGUCAAGAUUAGUGAGGUCGUUCUCACAACUAAGGAUGAACAGGAGUAGCACCCCACCUAGUGGAAUUCUUCCUUACUGA